AUGGCCACCCCCAGUGUCCUGGCUUUUGAUGCUGAGGGUCGCGCCAUUGACUUUGCAGUCUGGGUCGAGGACCUGCAGCUGUACUUACUGUGCGAUGCGAUAGAUGAGGUUUCUCUCUUUGACUUUGUCUCUGGCGCUGUCCCUGCCCCUCCUUCUGAUGCUGACCCCACUGUUCGCUCCAAGUGGGCCACACGCGAUGCUGCUGCACGUCUUGCUGUGCGUCGCCACCUCCCUUCCUCCGAGCGUGCGCACUUUAGUCAGUGCAAGACCGCUCAGGCCUUGUACGACGCUGUAGUUGCGCGCUACUCCUCCCCUUCCUCCGCUACGCUGAGCCGCCUCAUGCUACCGUACCUCUUCCCUGACCUCGCUGCCUUUCCCACAGUCGCUGACCUCUUUACCCACCUCCGCGCUAGUGACACUCGCUACCGCGCUGCGCUUCCUGCUGACUUCCGCGCCGCAAACCCUCCUCCCAUGUACAUCACUCUCUACUUUCUAGUCACCCGUCUCCCUGAGUCCCUUCGUGCCGUUAAGGACCAGUUUCUCUCUGUCUGUCCCACCACCCUCACCGUCGACCUCCUUGAGAAGUCCCUGCUAGCGGCUGAGAAGAGUAUAGUCGCUGUAGGGGCCUCUCGUGGUGACCCUCGCACCCCCAUCUUUGAGGGUCGGUCGGUGCGGCGUCUGCCCCCAGCGGUAGGCGCCACUCUGGCAGGGGCAAGGGGAGCAAGGGAGCGGGUGGAGCUAGCGGGGGCGGUGGCGGAGGAGGUGGAGGCGGCGGGGGGAGUGGGGGUGGCGGUGGAGGUGGUGGCAAGAGUGGAGGUACUGGUGGCGGCAGUGGAGGCGGAGGCGGCGGCGGAGGUGGUGGCGGAGGUGGCGGUGGGAGCGGCGGGGGCGAGGGUGGCGGUGGCGGCGGUGGCGGCGGAGGCGGGGGUGGCGGUGGUGGAGGUGGUCGGAGUGGCUCGUCCCAGCGGAGCGGCACUGGGGGUGCGUCAGCGUGGUGGGGCGUUCGGUCCCUGCACCUACGUCCUUCGCACCGGCGACCGCGCGGGUGAGCAGUGUGGGGGCACCCACACCGCCCGCCGCUGCUUUGCCCGCUUGACCGACGCUUGGCGCCAGAAGUUUCCGGAGGCCUCUGAGAUUCCCCGCUGGGGAGAGCUGUCUAGUGCUGGUGUAGCUAUCUUUGAUCUUGACUUUGAUGCUAUCCUUGCUGCCAUGUAUGCUGUGACUGUUAGUGAUGAGGGUGACUGUUACCAGUGUUUCCCGCCCGACCCGGGCAUUGGUACUGCUGCGUCAGGUGCCAGUCAGGCUGCUGCUCUAGGUGCCAGUGCGUCUGUGCUCUCAGGUACUAGUGAGUCUGCACUCUCAGGUACUGUAUCGGCUUCGGCCUCUCACACCUUCACCCUUGACUCUGGGGCGUCUCGCUCCUUCUUUCGGGACUGCACCACUCUCACGCCGCUUAGUCGGCCGGUUGCGGUGUCCCUGGCUGACCCCUCUGGGGGUCCUGUCUUUGGUGCUGACCUACAGGAUGUGGGUGUCCACCAGUUCACUCCUGCUCGUCAGCGGAUGACACACUGCACAGAGGCUAGCACAGGUCGCCACCUAGCUACGUUUACACGUCAGCCAGGGUCGAGCCUGUACACACUGACCACUGCUUCUCCUCCCGGUGCUGAGUCUGGUAGAGUCCCUUCGUCUGGUCAGGUGUUUGCUGCAGCGUCCAGGUCUGGUCCUGAGUCUGCCCCCUGGGCGCCAGCAUGCUGCCCCUCACUCCUCCCAGUUUCCUCCGACAGAGGCUCCGUUGCAGACGCUUCACAUGGACGUGUGGGGCCCUGCCCGCGUCCGUGGACUCGGUCACGAGCGCUACUUCCUGUUGUUGGUGGUCACACCGCAGUCUUCCCCUUGCGCAGCAAGGGUGAUGUCACUGAGGUGCUGAUCGACUGGAUCCGCGCAGCUCGUCUCCAGCUCAGGCAGAGCUUUGGCUCGGACUUUUCUGUGUUGCGUCUGCACUCGGACAGAGGCGGAGAGUUCUCCUCUGGCCUUCUGCGUGCCUUCUGUCGUGCGCGAGGCAUCCGCCAGACCUUCACGCUUCCGGACUCACCGCAGCAAAAUGGGAUUGCAGAGCGCCGCAUUGGCAUGGUCAUGGACGUCGCUCGUACGUCUAUGAUGCAUGCGGCAGCCCCCCAUUUUCUGUGGCCGUUUGCGGUCAGGUACGUGGCGCAUCAGAUCAACCUCCACCCCAGGGUCUCCAGGCCGGAGACCUCCCCAGCCCUGCUGUGGACGGAGAAGGUUGGCGAUGCGUCGGCGUUCUGGGUCUGGGGAUCUCGGGCGUUUGUCCGCGACUUGUCUGCGGACAAGCUGUCCCCUCGCGCUGCUCCCUGCGUCUUCCUGGGGUUCCCCCCCGACGCCCCUGGGUGGCAGUUCUACCACCCCACCUCUCAACGUGUUCUGUCCUCCCAGGACGUCACGUUCGACGAGUCGGUACCCUACUACCGCCUCUUCCCCUACCGCACUCCGUCCCUCCCCCCGCCCCCGCUCUUUUUGGUACCAGGUCCCCCCCCGGUAGACCCCCUCCCCCCUCAGGGUCCUGCCCCUUCAGGUGUGUCGCAGGUAGACGCGGUUGAGCCUGUCGAGGUCACUGGUGACUCUGGUGCUGCUGCGGGAGCUGAGCCUGGGGGUGCUGGGACUGGAGGUGCUACGCCUGGGGGUGCUGAGCCUGGGGGUGCGGAGACUGGGGGUGCUGAGCCUGGGGGUGCUGAGCCUGGGGGUACUGAGUCUGGGGGUGCUAAGCCUGGGGGUGCUGGGCCUGGGGGUGCUGAGCCUGGGGGUGCUGAGACUGGGGGUGCUCCGCCUGGAGGUGCUUUGCUUGAGGGUGCUGAGCCUGGAGGUUCUUCGACUGGGGGUUCUCCGCCUGGAGGUGCUUCGUCUCGCCGAGAGCCACUCUCCCCACAGGAGCUGCGUGAGUGGUUUUCCCGGCGCUGGAGGCGUGCUGCUGGUGCUGGAGGUUCUUUGGCUGCAGAGGGUGCUGCUGUCGCGGGUCCCGGAGGUGCUCGUACUGGGAGUACUGGAGCUGCUGGGCCUGAGGGUUCUCCUGGAGCUGGUGCUGCUGAGGGUGUUGGAGCUGAGACUACUGCUGGCGGUCCGACUGGCAGUGCUCCUGGUGCUGCUGGGGGUUCUGGAGCCACUGGAGGUGCUACUGGAGGUGCUGCUGGAGCGGGUACUCCUGCUGGGGGUACUGGUGCUGUCCCUGCUGUUUUUGGCGUCGCCACGCGGCCCCGACCGUACUUCGUUCCGCUCCUGCAGCAGGUUCUUGGUCUUACACCUUCUCCUGGUCCUCCUCCUCCUCCCUUAGAGGGUCCACAGCCUGUCCAGUCCCAGUCACAGCUACAACCUGCCUCCCCUUUGCCUGCUCCUUCUCCCUACGCUGGUCCGACUGGAGGUCUUACUGAGCGUCGUGAGCCUGCGUCUCGUCCUGCGUCGCCUGUUCGUCCUGCACGCACUAGUGGUCGCGCUUCGCGUCACCGUCCUCCUCCUGUCCCUGGCACACACCGGAUGUCUCUACGUCCGUCCACUACUCCUCUGCGUGCCCCUUUGCCUUCUCCUCCUUCUUCCUCUCUUCCUGCUCUUGCCGACCCGGAGUCGGACUCUCUUCGUGCUGCCAGUCCUACUGUCACGCGUCUCCUUGCUACUGCUGUCACUGACCCUUCUUUCGAGUCUUCUGCUGCGUCUGCCCUUGUCACUGAGCUCGUCGACUUUGCUGCGCGCUGUCGUCUAGACUACGCUGCUAGUCUUGUCGCUGAGUCUGAGUCUGCCUGUCCUCCGUCCGUCGGGGGUGAGUGUGCCCUUGGCACGGACGUCCUGGAGGACAGGCAGGAGGAGUUCCAAUGUCUGGCCGCCGCUUCACCUCAUCUCGCGUCUGUACUGCUCGCCCCUGAGGGAGACCCGGAUGCACUAGACAUCCCGACUCCGCGCUCUUACGCGGAGGCGAUAGAGGUCAGUGGCAUGUGGAUUUUCAGGGUGAAGCGGCCGCCGGGUUCUCCGCCUGUCUUCAAGGCGCGUUACGUGGCUCGUGGCUUUAGUCAGCGGCAGGGAGUUGACUACUUUCAGACCUUCUCUCCCACCCCGAAGAUGACCACUCUUCGGGUACUGCUGCACGUUGCUGCUCACCGUGACUACGAGCUGCACUCUCUCGACUUCAACACUGCUUUCUUGCAGGGCAGCCUGCACGAGGAGAUCUGGCUGCGUCGCCCACCUGGCUUCACUGGGUCUUUCCCUCCUGGUACCCAGUGGAGUCUCCGGCGUCCAGUCUACGGUCUCCGCCAGGCGCCACGUGAGUGGCACGACACACUGAGGACUACGCUGGCGGCACUUGGGUUUGCUCCUUCUACUGCCGACCCGUCGCUGUUUCUGCGCACCGACACCUCUCUGCCGCCGUUCUACAUCCUCGUGUACGUCGACGACUUGGUCUUUGCCACAGCUGACACUGCUGGACUCGCCUACGUGAAGUCCGAGCUGCAGAAGAGACACACGUGCACUGACCUGGGUGAACUGCGCAGCUACCUUGGCUUGCAGAUCACCCGGGACAGAGCACGCCGCACCAUUACCCUGACUCAGUCACACAUGGUGCAGCAGGUCCUUCAGCGCUUCGGCUUCACGUACUCCUCGCCUCAGGCCACUCCUCUGCCUACUCGCCACUCGCUCUCAGCUCUGCCUUCGGAUGAGUCCGUAGAGUCAAGUGGUCCGUUUGCAGAGCUUGUUGGCUGCCUCAUGUACCUGAUGACGUGCACACGACCUGACCUUGCAUACCCUCUUAGCAUUCUCGCACGCUAUGUUGCUCCUGGGAGACACCGACCAGAGCACAUGGCUGUAGCGAGGAGGGUGUUGCGCUACUUGUGCAGUACGUCGGGCAUGGGGCUAGUGCUUGGAGGGCGCAGUCCAGUGGUCCUCACUGGGCACGCGGACGCUUCUUGGGCUGACGACCAGGCUACGCAGCGGUCGUCACAGGGUUACACCUUCAGCCUUGGUUCCGGCUCUGUUUCGUGGCGGGCCACCCGCUCGUCUUCUGUUCUCGGCUCCAGUUGUGAGGCUGAGAUCUACGCCGGGGCUAUGGCUGCUCAGGAGCUUCGCUGGCUCACCUACCUGCUGAUCGACCUUGGAGAGCCGCCUCGUUCUCCUCCAGUCCUGUACGUAGACAACAAGGCCAUGCUGGCCUUGUGUCGAGAGCAGCGAGUGGAGCACAGGACAAAACACAUUGCUCUCCGCUACUUUCUUGCUCGUGAGCUACAACAGCGUGGACAGUUGCGGCUUGCGUACGUGGCCUCUGAGGCCAACACUGCUGAUGUCUUCACCAAGGCACUUGCGCCUUGUGAUCAUCAGCGUUGCUGCACGCAGCUGGGUCUUGUGCCUGUCUUGCCUCACUUGCUCACUUCUUGA